AUGGCAGCCCUUGAUACUCUAAAGGUGUUCAUAUCUUGCGUGUCAUUUUUGUUUUGUUUCCCGAUAUCAAUAAAAGGUGAGGUGGUUCAUAUCACAGUUUUGACCGUAGGAUAUACAGCUAUCGAAACAUCCAGUAAUGUAGAGUACCAAUGUUACCGCAGUGAACCAGAUGAGGAUGCCACAUUGUCAUUUGGACGAUCUGCACCCAUAACAACAGAUACACCACCACCCUCAGCAACGAUUCACCCUAGUGAUGGAGAUGUAUUGUUGGUCAAAUUCUCUGAUCAUGGGGAUACUUGGCAUACAGCUGGUUUUGGUCCCUUCUACUGUGAGGCUGCUAAGGAUGCUCGAGAUGUAACAAGGGUCACUACAUUUUUUCAGAGAAGUGAUGCUAAAUUUAUACCAAGUGGUGGAGUGUUUACGAAGGCAGUCAAUGUGAAUGACACAGGAGUGGUGAUCUCAAUGACUAAUCGAGACCAACCUGAUGAUAAUGGCAAUGUGAUUACAUGGAGGAAAGAUGGUGGUGAUGUUCUUACACAAUUUGAGGGACAGACAAGUAUCAACUUCUCAAACCCAAUCGACAUAUCAGACCAAGGGAUCUAUGAGAUCUACUAUCAUGGCGAGAGAUAUCAAAACAGAGGAGGAAUUUACCGACUCAUUGUCAGAGAAUGUCCUGCAGGUAGGUGGGGUCCACCUGAAUGCUAUGGUAUCUGUGAUAAUUGUUACAAUGGUGGAGUCUGUGAUGACAAAUCUGGUCUUUGCAUCUGUCCUAACAACUUCAUGGGAGAUAAUUGUUUGAAUAUUUGCAGCAACACACAUGGGAAUAGAUUUGGAUUAGAAUGUGAGUAUAGAUGCUCCUAUAGAGAUGACAAUGUACCUUAUUGUCGAGGGAACCUCUUUUGCUUACCUAAUCCAUAUGGAUGUUCAUGUGAUGUUGGUUCUCGAGGUCUUGCAUGUGACAGCGAUUGUGAUGCUGGCACAUAUGGCCCAGGAUGCUCACAAACAUGUCACUGUGCUGAUGUAUCAUCAUGUAACUCUUUUAGUGGAAUAUGUACUACAGGUGGAUGUCAGUCUGGCUGGUCAGGGAACAAUUGUCAAAUACUUGAUAUUUGCGAGGCUGGUUACUUUGGAUCAAAUUGCACUGAUAAAUGUCAUUGCAUGGGUGAUGUAUCUUGUGAUAAAACAACAGGAGAAUGUCCUCAGAAGUGCGCCUUAGGAUACAGCAUGCACGAUGGUCAGGAAAAUUGUCAAGGUAGCACCAUGGCAACGGUUCUCAGAAUACAGCUGCCAGGGUUUAACUGGUCUGUUCAGUACAGCAACCAUGCACGUCUGAUUCCGUACUGCAACACCGUCUGUUCAGCACUGCAACCACGUCUGUUCAGUACCGGAAACUACGUCUGGUUCUUCGACCAUAUGUAUGGGUCAUUCUGCAGUCAGGCUCUCACGACCACACCCAUUGGCUCUGCUCUACUUGUAGUUUUCCUGUUGUCUGCUCCAGACCUCCGACCGUCCGCUUCAGACCAGCAACCAUCCGCUUCAGACCAACCCGUCUGCUCCGGACCACCAGCCGUCUACUCCAGACUCCGAACCGUCCGCCUCCAGACCAACCAGACUACCAAAAGAGCAAGCCCUGGUAUAGUCUCUUGCUGGCGUGCAAAAGACCCAACACACAAGGAAAUCUAA